AUGAGGCGAGGCCGUUCCCCAAGCUCGCCAUCUCCCUAUAGGGCUUUGGCUCAUCAUCAGCAGGCCUCGGCUGCUGCGACAUCCUCAGACUCGAUUUCAUUGAUUCGGUCUUUCAAUGUCGAAACGAAUCCUACGCGGCCAGUGCGGCCUUCGCCGCUCACAGCAUCGCUUAUCCGAGACAUGCCGCUAGAUCUGGUUGACCGUAUCAGAUCCUUCCCCCUCUUUAUGUCAGCUCCGGAAGAGUUUCUUGUUGCUAUAGGAAAUCACCUGAAGCCUCAAAUCCAAAGCCCCAAUGACCAUAUCGUGACGGAAGGAGACGAAGCCAAGGCAAUGUAUUGGCUGGUUCGAGGAGUUGUUGCUGUCACUUCGCGUGAUGGUGAGGCGGUCUAUGCUGAGCUCAAUCCCGGGUCGUUCUUUGGAGAAAUUGGCGUUUUGAUGCAGAUGCCUCGAACAGCUACCAUUGUAGCGCGCACGAAGUGUCUGUUGCUAGUCCUGAAGAAGGAAGAUUUACAUGCCGUGAUACCCAAAUUCCCAGAAAUGGAGAAGGCGAUUCGAGAAGAGGCACAAGAACGCUUGAACCUUCUGAAAAAGAAGCGGCAAGAAAGUGGCAGAUUGGUCAAAUCUCCCCAGGGAGACUUCAGCGCUCGAGAAGCUGCUCCUGGAGAGGUCUCUACUGGAGAAAGGGGUGUUAUCAAGGACGGUGCGGUCGUCAACAACAAGAAAAGAAAGUCCCCAAGCCCUGGAAUCAUGGAGGACCCAGCUGCUGGUAGUGCGAUUGGAAGCGGCCAGAUCAAUAUUCGAACAACACUUAAGGAGUUACCACUCUUCUCUACACUUCCCGCAGAUAUUCUGCAUUUCCUGGGAUUGAGUGUCCAACCAAAAUCUUAUACCCCGUUUACAGAUAUCGUUCGCCAAGGCUUACCAGGAAACGAAAUUUUCUUCAUUGUUCGUGGCGAGGCGGAGGUCAUUCAUGAUGAGCCAGUUUACGACGAUAACAUUCAGAAUAAGGCCAAGGCCAUCCCAAAACGACCUCGAUUGAAGGCAGGACAAUACUUUGGUGAAGUUGCAAGUCUUGGAUUGUCGCGAGGUCGAACAGCCACUGUUCGAUCUAUCACUUCUGUGGAGUGUAUCAUGAUUACAGGCGAUGUCCUCGACGAGUUCUGGAGACGCUGUCCUUCGGAUAUUCUGACACAGGUCAAAGAAACUGCACGAUUGCGAUAUCAGAAGCAGAGCGACGACGUUGUUAUGGUUGAUGUUGAUGUUAAGGAAAAGGCCAACAAAUCUGACCCGCCCACACCUACAACACCAACAAGAGCAUCCCUCCCUGACCUCACCUUUACUACCCCGUCCAAACCUGGGUCUCCAGCGAAAGAUGAUACAAGCAACAUAGCACCCAAGGACCCCGAUCCGUUCUUGAGUGUGAACAUGGAGAAUAUUCGAAAUCGAAGACGACAUUCGUUGGCACCGCCAGUGCCUCCAACAGACAGCUCUACUCCAACGACCAAUGGUGCCAGGUCUCGCCUCUCAGAAGUAACGCCUAUCAAAUUUGCGUUUUCUGAUGCUUCAGCUGACGACGACGACGUCCCGGCAAAGCGAGUACGGACGACUCUGCCCACCCGACCAAUCACUAUGAGCAAACCAGUGCUCUCAGACGAGAUCCUAAUUUACAUCUUCAAGCACGUGGAUAUAGGUGAGCUGUUUCGACUACGCCUUGUUAGCACACACUGGCGCAAGCUCUUGACUACAUCCCCUAAAGUUUGCCAAGAUGUCGACCUCUCGAUUUACAACCGCAAGGUUACUGACGAAGUCCUCAUCAAGGUGCUCGCCCCCUUCAUUGGCACUCGCGCUCUGUCCAUUGACCUGAAUAAUUGCUUUCAUAUAACGGAUGAAGGAUUUGGAGCUCUAUGGCGCAGUUGUGGCAAAAAUGUCAAGAAGUGGAAGAUGAAAUCAGUUUGGGACGUUUCUGCGAACCAGAUUCUGGAGAUGAGCGAGAACGCAAAGGGAUUAGAAGAAGUUGACUGGAGCAACUGCCGCAAGGUCGGUGAUAAUCUUCUAGGCCGCGUUGUUGGCUGGGUUGUACCUGAUCCUCCACCUUCGAAAUCAGUCGUUAUCUCAAGUUCUGCAGCUCGAUCGCGAAACAAGCAGCAGCAACAGAAGCAGGCCGCACAGCAUGUUCUGCCCCCUGGUACAGUAGUUGGGUGCCCGAAACUCAAACGCCUCAACCUCUCCUAUUGCAAGCACAUCACAGAUCGUUCUAUGGCACAUUUGGCAGCUCAUGCUUCGAACCGCAUCGAGUCGUUGUCCCUCACACGUUGCACGUCAAUUACAGACGCAGGGUUUCAAUCAUGGGCGCCAUUCCGGUUUGAAAAGCUGUCUAGGCUGUGCCUAGCUGAUUGCACAUAUCUCUCGGACAACGCCGUGGUAGCCCUGGUCAACUCAGCCAAGAACCUGACACAUCUAGACCUAUCGUUCUGCUGUGCACUCUCUGACACGGCGACAGAGGUUGUCGCUCUCCGUCUGCCAAAGUUGCGGGAGCUGCGAUUGGCAUUCUGCGGAAGUGCGGUUAGCGAUGGAAGCUUGGAAAGCGUGGCGCUCCACUUGAACGAUUUGGAGGCUCUCAGUGUCCGUGGCUGCGUGCGUGUCACUGGGCGAGGUGUCGAAAAUGUCCUCAACGGAUGCGGGCGACUCAACUGGAUGGAUGUCAGUCAAUGCCGUAACUUGGAGUCUUGGAUCCGAGCCGGUGGUGUUUCGAAUUGGGGGUUUGAUGACCGCGUUGGUCAACGUUCUACGGAACCCACGCCAAGCGAAACCUCUGGACAGGGACAAUCCGAAAAUGAUAGUCCUGCGCCCAAGGCCAUGAGCGUUGCUAUGCUCACAUCGCAGAACUUUAUGCCACGAUCUGCGUUUGGGUACAGAGCCAAGAGAGCACGACGACCCGUGCGAUUUGUCAUUGAGAAAGGAUUUGGAAGUUUACGAUAG